GUUUAAUUUCUCUCUUUAUUCUUUACUCUGUUACAUAUUUCAAAAGAUUUCAUUUGGACUUUUAUACGUUGCACUUGAAGACAGCCACUGAUCUCUGUGAUUUCUGUUGAUUACAGACUACAUUUCUACACGGUGAAGCAGAUGUUUAAGAUUUACAACGUAUGUACACAUUUCUCCCUCUCUCUGAGAUUCAAGCAGGAACUGUGAACCCAUUUUCUGUAUUUUCUAGUUUAUCUACUGUAGUUCAGACAAGAAAAGAAACUCUCAGAAGCUUUGGCUGAGGACUCGACAUGAACAGUCGGAUGGACGGUGACCAGAGGUUGGCCCACCGUGGUUGGCAGUGUCAGAGUAAAGUAAAGACCUCCAGGCCGAGGCAUCUGCAUCAGAGCACGCUAAACUUGGGUGACACGGCACCCUGCUACACCACCACCCACAACCAGAGUUAUUCUGGAAGGUCGACCGACGGACGUCCUCUCAUCUUCCAUCUGAGGGAUCCCAGCUUCCCGUCCCAGCAUCAGACCCGGCUGGAUCUCAGUCACAACACCGCGCCGCCGCAGUGUCCGCUGCAGUCACACACUAAAGAGGUGCACAGGCCCAAACACGUCACUCCGAGGACCGACCCGAAGGUGGAAAACUGGGCUCGGUAUCGCAGUGGCCAGGCCGUCAGAGAGAUCACCAACCCACAGGAUCCAUCUGAGUACUGGACCACCUACAAAACAGAGCACACACACCCAGUAACCGAUGGCUCGGCUCAUCUGGCUGGCGGCAGACCAACACAGUGGCACCAACACAACAUACUGACAGUCUGCAGGUGAGCAGAGGCAGACGGCUGGUCCAGGAAGCCCAGCAGGCGGACCAGAGACCAGCUGCUGUGGGCAGCAAGGCGGUGGGAGACGGACUGCUCUGCACUCAGACUCUACUGACACACACACACACUAUAUGGAUUAUACACUGCGCUGACUGACAGGAAAUGACUGCACAACACUCCUCCAUCAAAUAUAUGAAUAUUUAUAUCCAUUAUAUUAUGUUUGAUGAUGUUUUACUUAAAGGAUGAACAUUGUAAUGAAGGUAAAAGAGGGGAAAUACCUUCUCAUAUGUUGCUGGAAAGUGGCUCAUUAGUAAAAUUCCUUAAAUGCCUGACUUCCACUGAUUUCCCCUCUGUAAUACAGCUCAAUGAAUAUCCACGAUAAUCUGAUCAAAGUAAAUCGUAACUGCAGGGUGUGUGACAGACUUGCAGCAGAUUCCAGUGAAUAUUUAGCACGGCAUCUCUCCAGAUAUCUUCCUCUAAGAACUUGUUAUGAAAACUGGGAACAACAUGGGGUCUCAGUCAUGUCAGAUAUGCAGCUACAACAGACAUAAUAAGUGUUCUCUCUUUAACAUGUUAUCCCUUGGAUUGGUGCGUUUUGUAGAUCGAUAAAUAAAUCAAAUAAAAAAAAUAAAUAAAAAGUCCUGAGCUGAGCAGCCAGACAAACAAGCCAUGGCUAAACUUUUCAGUAAACAUCAACUGACAUGCUUCCUUGUUUGGAAUGACAAUGAACUGAAGAUUUAUUUGUCCUGUUUGUUUCUUUGAAAAGAAACAGGACAAAUAAAUUCAAAAACCCUCAACUUUGGGUCGGAUUGUCACUUCGCCCACAUUUCUUGUCAGAAUGUUUCUUCAAUAUCAGCUUUUCAUCUUGGACAAGCAGGCGAAAUUCAUCAUGCAAGGAAAAGAGUAAAUCCUCUCACAAAAAAGGCAUUGAUAUAAAAAGUCUCGCUCCUGUUUACAGCUUACCCAAAAGGACCUCUGAUCCUCUGAGAGGGACGUGAAAUUUAAAUUUGAUCCAGUUUCAUCCAUUUUCUGCCACCUCUUCUGUGUUUGCAGACAGUUGCCUAUUAGCAGACACAGAGCAACAUGACCGUCCCACUGGAGUGGUGUUGGUGUCCACUUGAUGAAUGUUCACUCUGGUUUUGGUCUCCAUCUCCUGAGAACAACAUCUGGCUCUUUAGCUGCCGAAUGCUUGGCCUCUAACUGUCAGUCUGCUGUUUGUUGCUGGGCAGGUAGCGUGCAGUGAGUUUUGUUUCGUUUGUUUGUUUUUUUUUUUUUUUAAAAGAGCUUUGUCGCUAACAGACAGCAUCCUGCUGAAUAAGCUAUAAAAUUCUUGUAGGUUUGUCAUGACGAGUGACACUUUUACAUAAUCAUUUGAUCCGUUAUGACAAAAAAAAUUAAAUAUUAAUUAUAGGGUGGUGGACAGGCCAAGAUUUCCACAAAAAAAAAAAUAAAUAAAUCUUAAAUCUAAGGGGGCAGAUUACCAUGAAAUUUACUGAGCACAUACCUGCUCUCCAGAGGAUAAACCAUUUCAAUUUUUAAUGACCUCUGACCUUUCCUCUAGACCACUCUCAGGACAAAAAUCUACAUUUUUAGGCCUAUAGCAGCUACCAAGUAACAACCUACAAAAAGGCCAGUGAAAAUUAAUUUAAAUCGAACUUUAUUCAUAUUUGUAAAGAUCUCCAAUAAAGACAAAUAACAAAAUGAGUUGAAAGACAGUGAUCAGACACGACGAGACUAAGGAAAUAACAGAUAAAUAACAGAGAAAAGGAUGACUGACAGGGACAGAGUGAGGGAUGGGUCUAUUUACACAGAGACAUCCCACACCAGUAACACUGGGGGAUUUUAUCGACGCGCUAAUAAAACCACAGUCCGGCUAGCAGCAGUACAGCAGUAGGCUUGAAUCUAGACACAGUUUGACUCCUGACGAGCUCUGCUUUAAAUCCAGUUUUGUUUUCAGCGCUAUUUUUAAAUACAACCAAAGCAGAAUAAGCACAAAAAGUAAAAUGUACAUGACCUGUUCUUAUGAAACAAAACAAAAAAACAUUACUGAGGAAUCUAU